GUUGUAAUACCAGCUGCUCGGCAGGGGAUUAAGGCAAUGGCACUAUACCACAAGAUUCACUCGAAAAGUAUUCUGUUCGCGUUAUUGCUAAUUUUCUUGCUGCCAUGUACAUAUGGUGAGAAUUAUGAUGUUUUCGAAGACGAAGCUGAAAUAGCAUCAGAUAACAAACUAAUCGAUAUAUCAUCAGAAAACGAAGGUGACGAGCCAUCAGAAAACAAAUUUUUAAGAAUAGGAGAUGUGUACCGAGCAGAUUUUGGACCAUGGCGAGUGACACCAACACCCAGAAUUGAUGUUAGCCUCAUUUCAAAAUCAACAGCUGCUAGAGAACAGAUUUCUUCAACGAAACCAAGGCGAAUAAAGGCAACACCAUCAGCGGUCUUCCUGACCGUUCAACAAACACCAACAAGAAAAACACCAACACCACCACGACAAACAACGCGUUUUGUCUUCCGUACAACCCGACGUAUCAGGCAAUAUCGCACUACCAGGCGACCAUUGAGUUUUACAUCAAGACGACCUCGAAGCACGUCAAGACCACAAAAUUUACAGAUCAAUCAGCUGAUUUUGUCGUGGAAACAGUCCCGCUGAAUAACCCUAAUAUACGACUCAAGAACUUGCUAUAUGACUCAUUAACUUGUAGAAACAUCCGUGCAUGCAUGCAUGGUUUAAACAUAUUAUCAAUAAAAAUAUGCGCAUGCAUGCCUCAUCAAUAGAAAUAAAAUACGAAUACGUAUAUUUUUUCUUACUGUUUCUACCUAUACUUUCUUUUUCUCGUAUCAAUUUCUGAAGUUUGAUCUCGACGCAUAUUAUAUGAUUCAGAUUAUAAAUUUGAAAUUAUAUCGCGGUAUUUAAGCAUUUGCAAAAAGGUAAACAUUUUAACGUAUUAUAUAGUCGGUAAACUAUAGGUAACGACAUUUUAGUUCGAGACGAAAACUAAUCAUUUUACUAAAUGAAAUAUCAUAUUUUACUCAUGACUUACAGUAAUUGUUGAGGAAUUCUGAACGUCAGAAAGCUUUCGCCCAUCAUAUCCACAAACUUCACCUCUGUACCCAAGCUAAAAAGUAUCGAAUUGACUUUUCAACCCAUUAUGAUGACGCGAUCUUUCGUUGCAGUAA